GUUAGGUAAGUCUGUCAUUUUGGUGUGGCUGCUUUUCCAGGCAGAUGCUGUUAAUGAUAGUGAUGAUAAAUAAACCCUUUAGAACUCCACAACUUUGUUCAUGAUGAGAACAAGAAAGGCCAUUUAGUUGAUUCCUGUGACUGGGAUGGAUGCGGGGGCCUGGAGGGGCUGCGAGCUCUGCCUGUCAUCCAGAUAACCCGGCAUUUCUUUCGUAAAUACUGUAAAACACUCUAUGAAUACAAAUUCUGUGGCCGUUCGCAAUGUUUAAUAGGGCUCAUUGUCAAGUUUUCAAAGCAGUUUGGGCCCAUUGAGAGUCAUCUGUAAGAAGACUCUGAAUUUAUCUGAAGUAUAUCAUGGCCACUCUCAGAUUUGGACAACAUAUCAUCAAGUCCUCUGUGGUUUUUCUACAAACGGAACUAUCUUUUGCAUUAGUGAAUAGGAAACCAGUGGUCCCUGGACAUGUGUUAGUUUGUCCAAUCAGACCAACGGAACGUUUUCGAGAUCUACAACCAGAGGAGCUGACAGACUUGUUUCAGACAAGCCAGAAAGUUGCAAAGGUUGUGGAGCAGCAUUUCAAAGUAACAUCUCUGACCAUUGCCAUUCAGGAUGGUCCUGAAGCCGGGCAGACUGUGAAACAUGUGCAUAUUCACAUUCUUCCAAGAAAGAAAGGAGACUUUUCAAGAAAUGAUGAUGUCUACGUGGAGCUCCAGAAGCAUGACCAAGAGACAUCUGAAGAAUCGCACCAAUGGAGGACAGAGGAGGAGAUGGCAUUAGAAGCAGCUGACCUCAGAAAGUACUUCAUCUACUGAGAAUCCAAGGAACUUCAAGACUAUGGAGAAUUCAGAAGUUCAGACCAGUGGAUGUUUUUUUUCCUGAAUUGUGUAUAGAAAUGAAAUAGCUGUUAAAUUACAACUACAACAGAUCAAACAAUACUUGAAGCUUUAAGGAGACCAGAUUUCUAUGGUAUCAACCAAUGAUAUAUCUAAUAUAUCUUCAGAGCAGAAGUUCUUGUAAGCUUUUGGCAAUGUAAUUGUACCCUACUAAGAUGUGACUCUCGCAUGUUGUAGUAAGAGGCACCUAACCUAAUUUAAUUGCUUUGAUUAGUACCCAGCUUUACAUUCAAUGGAAACUGUUAUUCAAUAUUGAAAAGCCUAUGUUAAUGUUCAUGAUGCUAUUAAAGCAUGCUAUACAUGUGUAGCAAUUUUCAAAUGAUCUUAGAUUUAUAUUUUACGAUUACGAUAAUGAGAAAUUUGUAGCAUCUGAAAGAGAUGAUAAUACAAUGGCUACAUUUUCCACCCUUUGCUAUCAUUGUGAAAAAAGAAAUACGAGUAUAAUUUGGGGAGCAUUUUCUUCUCAAUGCUACCUAUUUGCUAAAAGUAACUAAUGGAGGAAAACAUCCUGUCAACUGAUUGAAUUAUCAACCACAUACAUUGUACCUGGACAUGAACAUACUAAAAUGUCACACAAAACAUUUGUGAACUUGACUACCUCCACUUUAAAUUCUGUCCUCUUUGAUAAAUAGUGCAACUCUCAUGGCAAACUUUGAAACUUUCAAAACAUUUAAAAAGAAUUGUAUUGAUCUGUUUUGUUUGUUUAUUUUUCAACAAUUGUUUCCAUUAAAAUUCAUUCAGUCAA